AUGACCACCUUUCUCGACGCCGUGCUGCGCCAGCCCGAGCUCGCGGCCUUGGUCUUUGGCUACCAAGGUGGUGUCUUCGAAGACAUUGCGCCCCGCUUCCUGCACUUCUAUCUUUUCGUCGACUUCGAGUCGAGCGGCAACAGCGGCGUCUACUGGCUCGACCCUGUGCUCUUCCGAACCUCGUACCGCCACCGCGCAUGCGACGAAACGCCGCCAGCCGUGCUCAGCUCAGAGGAGCUCAAUCUCAACCAGCACAAUACGCGCGAUCCUCGCUUUCCUCUGCACUUGGCGAUUCUCGAAGGCGAUCUAACGGCGACUCGGCGCAUUCUGCGCUGCCGACCAGACCUCGCGUAUCAAGAAGCCAUUGCGCUCGCCAUCCAGCACCAUCAUCUCGAGAUCGCCGCGUACCUCUUGGAGCAGCGGGCGACGAACAUGCCUCAGCUUUACCGGAACUUUGAAGACACCUACGGCGGGUGGCCGUCGCGAUGCCUCGACGAGUGGCUACCCCGCUCGACACUGUGCAUGAACGACUCGUCGGUUGUAGCACUGUUGUGGGCCCAUCGUCAACGCGACUGGAACUGGAGAGACCUUGUUCUUGCAGCGAUCCACGAGCACGCGCUUGAAGCACUGGCGUUUCUGUGUCGACACGCGCCGCCAGUGACGUUGACGGGUGUGCUGGACGCGGUGAGCGGCUACAGCCCACUGUCUUUGGUUGAAGCCUUGCAUGCUCGCGGUGUCGACUGUACGCACGUGGCGAUGGACCGAGCAGCAUCCGCCGGCAACCUCGACGUCGUCGUCUUCUUGCACACGCACCGCAAUGAAGGCUGCACCACCGACGCGAUGAACAUCGCCGCCACCUACGGCUACUUGGACAUCGUCGUCUUCCUCCAUGAGAAUCGCCGCGAAGGCUGCACCAGAGACGCGCUCGACGGAGCUGUGGCCGGUGGCUACCUCGAUAUUGUCCAGUUCCUGGUCGACCACCGGGACGAAGGCGCGUCAUCCGACGUUUUGGACAUUGCCGCGGCAAGUGGUCACUUGGACAUGUUUGUAUAUUGGCAGCAGCGCGGGUCGUUUGCGUGCACGACGGCCGCCAUGGACUUGGCCGCCAGCAACGGCCACCUCGACGUCGUCGCCUACCUCUUGGCGCACCGAGACGAGUAUGGUGGUAGUCCCGACGGUGCCGUUCGCGGGGCGCUCGCAAACGGUCACAUUGCGAUCGUCGAGCUCCUCAUCGCUGCGGGGUACUCUCUUCCCACGGACAUUCCCCGCGUCGUGCGGGCGAUGCGCCAGCCCAACGCGCUCGCUCUCUUGCAGCUCUACGUGGCCCAAGGAAUUGCGCUGCCAGCAGCGUGGACAACGGAUGUGCACACGUUUGGCGCCAAGGACGUGGUUGCGUUUUACCGCCAGCACUCGCCGCACCACGCGCCCAACGGCCCAAGCUUUCCCUUCAAGCAUAUGACGCUGGACGAUGUGCAGACAGCGCUCGCAAAGGAAGAUUUCAAGGCGGUUGGCGCGCUCUGGGCGACACGACCAGAGCUGCGCCACGACUGCUUGCUCGAGGUCGUCGUGCGCACCAACGAGUCGCUCAACGCCCUCACGUUUCUCCUUGAAGCAGGUGUCGGGCAGCCACGGGACGUCGCACGCGCGUACAUUCGUCGCCGGAGCUUUGAUAUGCUGCGCAUUCUCCUGCCGCACUGUCUUGACGCCACAGAUCCGAUCGACAACCUCGUCUUCCUCGUCGAGUGGGUCCAUAAGCAGUCGCACGACUUCACCGCGUCGCCGCUCCGUUUGCUCAAGACCGAAAUGGUUGCCCAAGCGCAUGCUGCCAACUGCCUUGACAUCCACGCUGGCACAGGUAUCGAAGCGCUGACGGCGAUGCUAUUGCAGACGGGCGCGACAACGGCGAUGCUGGAACCUGCGAUCGGAGGCCUCGAACAACGCGUGCUCUUCAAGUCGGGUGUUACUGACUGGGGCCUUGCCACACUUUUUGUGCAUGUCGCGUCGGCGGACCCCACCAAACACGUCGCGCAGUUGCUACGGUGGCUCGAUAUGGUGACCAAUGCGGCGCUUACGACGCAUCUGCAGCACCUCCUCCAGAAGACGUUUGCCGAUCGCCUUGACGUCGUCGCUGCUGCGCUAGCGGCGUCGCAGGCUCUCAAGUACGCAACGGCGCUCGAUGACUAUUAG